AUGGCCUUCAAAGAUAAUUAUGACAGCGGCGAAACAGAAUUAAAAUCGACAGCUUCUCAAGACUCUCCAAUCCACUGCAGCGUUGAUGAAAAUCACCCAUAUGGUGAUGGUUUACCUCCAGUUGAUGGAGGAAGACAUGCAUGGCUUUUUCUAUUAGCUAGCGCAAUGCUGGAAGCACUUGUGUGGGGAUAUGCCUUCUCAUUUGGGAUCUUUCAGAAGUAUUACAGUACACAUGAACCAUUCCAAGGUUCAAACAACAUUGCCGCUAUUGGAACAUGUGCAAUGGGGAUUGCAUAUCUUAUAGCACCUUUGCCUAUAAUAGGAAUGAUUCUACUUCCACAAAUUGCUCGCUGGGUGUCAACUAUUGGCGUAAUUCUGAUGUGCUUUUCAUUGGCGCUAAGCUCAUUUUCAACCAGUGUUACGCAUCUCAUUCUAUCUCAAGGAAUUGGGUUUGGGGUGGGCGGUUCUCUGGCAUAUACACCCUCCAUUCUAUUCAUGCCCGAAUGGUUUGUCAAGAGAAAGGGCCUUGCAUUUGGAGUCGUAUGGUCUGGCUCUGGACUAUCUGGCGUGCUGUUCCCACUCGCCAUAGAGUGGUUAUUGAACAGAUACGGUGUACCAACCACAUUGAGAAUAUCAUCAGUUGGAUUGUUUCUCCUUUCUAUUCCGUUUUUAUACUUUCAUCGGCCGCGCAUUCCAGUUUCCCACUCUGUUGUUCAACGCCGGAUCAACUUUCGCUUUCUCUACAGCAAAGUAUUUCUCAUCUACCAAAUUGGUAACACCGUUCAGGCACUGGGAUUCUUCUUACCCACAAUUUAUCUCCCAACAUACGCCAGCCAAAUGGUGUUUGGCUCUAUCAUCAUAGGCUUCCUCUCUGAUCGAUAUCACGUCACUACAUGCCUUCUCAUCACCACUGCUGGGUCUGUUAUCUCUGUAUUCUUCAUUUGGGGAUUUUCUAGCAGUCUGUGGUCCCUUUAUGUGUUUUGCAUUGUCUAUGGAUUACUGGCUGGAGGCUACUCAUCCACAUGGUCAAGUAUUGCACAUGAAAUACAGCAUGCCAACCCCGCGACAGAUGUCAGUGUGAUAUUUCCCUUCAUGGAGACUGGCCGUGGUAUCGGAAAUGUGGCUAGCGGGCCAUUGAGCGAAGCACUAUUGAAGGUAGACGGAUGGCAAAGCCAUGCAUGGGGCACAUAUGGAAGUCGAUAUGGGACUAUUGUACUUUGGACCGGUAUAACCGCUUUAAUAGGAGGUCUAGCUGUGAUGGCGCGUUACUUGAAGUGUGUUUAA